AUGGCCGAACUGCAAAGGCACCAGAAGAGAUGUACUGAGAAGGAGAACCCUGGAUGUCUGAACGGGGGUUUGUGCUUCUGGUACAUUGCCCUCGAGUAUGCCAUGUGCAAGUGUCUGGGGGAAUAUUCCGGGGAGAAAUGCGAGCAUGGUUCUCCGCCGAAGCACGUCGUCAGUCCGGACCCACCCACGUAUUCUCCGGACAAGUCAACCCUUAUCAUCAUCGUCAUCCUCCUACUCAUAUUCUGUGCGCUAGCCCUGGUCGCCUACUUUGUGGCCAAGUUAAGAAAGGAUUACAAAGCCAUGUCUAGAAUGCAAGAUCACCUAAUAUCGCCUCCACUACAGCAGCCGCAGCAGCCACAACAGCCACAGCAGCCACAGCAGCCGCAGCAGCUUGAAUCUUACAACAGUGGCGGAACAGUCUCAAAUGAGACGAAAUCAGAAGCCACCACUCUGACUCCAAGGAUGGUGGCGAACACGCGCCAACAACACAGUAAGAAUGCUAACCAGAACACUGCUUCCAAUGCAAGUAGUAUUUCUAGGGCUAAAAAUAGAGAAAAAUCAUCAAGAAGUGGUAAUGUGGCUGCAGUAGCAGCGGCUUAUACUGCGACUACAACAUCGACGUCGUCAAAAACGUCAGCGCCCUCAUCGACGGCUCGAGUCGGUACCGGUAAUAACGGUUCGAAUAAAUCGGUUCGGAGGAACAAAGCCGGCAAAGACGAAUAUGUCAUCAGUAAUGUGUACACUAAGAAGAGCUGUAAUGGUAACAAUUGCAACUACGGUGGUGACGACGAUGAUGACGACGAAGGUGGCAAUGAUGAUGGUUUUGAUGAUGGUUACGCUAAUGAACUGAGAAACAAUACCAGAGUUGACAUGUUCAACAACUACAUCAACAACAAAAACAACAACAACAUCAAUAACAUGAACACCAUGAACAACAAUAAUAGCUACAACACCAACAACGUCAGCAAAAAAGAUUCAACAACUAAGACGCAGAAAUUUUCGAAGACGAAAUUAAUGUUGGCGUUGGCUGAUGCAAAUACAACUACUGCCGCAACAAUUUUGGCCACAGGAGCGACAACUACAACAAGAACAAUAACUUCAAACUUUAGGCUGAUGGUCCAACAAAAACAACAAAAACAAGCAUCCUUUCAAAUGUCUCAACAUCAACAUCAGCCACCGCAACAACAGCAACAACAAACACAACAACAACAGCAAUUUUAUCAACCAACUAUGCAACAAAAACUACCCCAGCAACAACAACAACAACAACCGCAACUUGUCUCAGCAACAUCAUCAAAUGAUAAGAGACCUCGCCUAGCUGCGACUUCAACCACACCAACUAACGGUUAUAAAUUCUCUUUAAAUCCCACUAUCCCUACUACAACCAACAACAACAACAGCAGCAACAACAACAGCAGCAGCAACAACUGUAGCAGCAGCAACAACAACAACAACAUCAACAAAAAGCUCGAAAAGUUUGAAAAUCUCUUAAAAAUGAGUUGCAACAUUCCAAUUAGAAAGACGUACGAUGUGACACAAAAAGGCCGCAACAUUAAAAGCAUCGCAGACAACAUCAACAACGACAUCAACAACUGCAACAUCAACAACAACAACAUCUGCAACAUCAGCUCUUUUGCAACGAAAUUUACAACAUUCUUUCCCUACGUAUAA